AUGGCGGCGGCGGCGGCGGAGGCCGUGCACCACAUCCACCUGCAGAACUUCUCGCGCUCGCUGCUCGAGACCCUCAACGGGCAGCGGCUGGGCGGCCACUUCUGCGACGUGACGGUGCGCAUCCGCGAGGCCUCGCUGCGCGCGCACCGCUGCGUGCUGGCCGCCGGCUCGCCCUUCUUCCAGGACAAGCUGCUGCUCGGCCACUCGGAGAUCCGCGUGCCGCCCGUGGUGCCGGCGCAGACGGUGCGCCAGCUCGUGGAGUUCCUCUACAGCGGCUCGCUGGUGGUGGCGCAGGGCGAGGCGCUGCAGGUGCUCACGGCCGCGUCCGUGCUGCGCAUCCAGACGGUCAUCGACGAGUGCACGCAGAUCAUCGCGCGCGCCCGCGCCCCGGGCCCCGCCGCCGCCGCCGCCCCCGCGCCGCUGCCCACGGCCCUGCCCACGCCCGUGCCGCCGCCGCUCGCGCCCGCGCAGCUGCGCCACCGCCUGCGCCACCUGCUCGCCGCGCGCCCGCCGGGCCCCCCCGGGGCCGCGCACGCCCGCAAGCAGCGCCAGCCCGCGCGCCUGCAGCUGCCCGCGCCCGCCGCGCCCGCCAAGGCCGAGGCGCCCUUCGCGGACCCUGCCCUGCCCGCCGCCCCCGAGGAGGGCGGGGACGACGAGGAGGACGACGAGACGGAGGACGAGACGGACGGCGAUGGCGAGGACGGCGAAGGCGGCGGCGCGGGCGAGGGCCGGGCGCCCCCGUCCUUCCCCGACUGCGCCGCCGGCUUCCUCCCUGCCGACCAGGCGCGCGAGGAGCCGCCCGCGCCCGCCGGCCUCCCGGGCUACGGCGCCGGCCGGGACUUCCUCCGGGGGCCACCCGCGGCCGAGGACGUGUUCCCCCCGGACAGCUACGUCCCCGCGUGGCAGGAGGAGGACGGCCCCGCGGCGGAGGGCUGUGCCGCCGAGGCCCCCGCGCCGCCGGACUGCGCCCUGUCCGCGCCCCGCCAGCCCGCCGCGAAGGCCCCGGCGCCGCCCGUGGUCCUCUUCCCCUUCCACCUGGGCGCCCCGGGGCCCCCCGCGCAGCCGCCGCCGGCGCCCCCGGAGCCGGUCCCCGCGCCCCCGACCGCCUUCUACCCGGCGCUGCAGCCCGAGGCGGCCCCCGGCGUGGCCCUGGGGGAGCCCCUGGCGCCGCCCGCCGCCCCCCUGGCCCCCCCUGCGCGCCCCGCGGGCCCCGAGCCGCCCGCCUACGAGUGCAGCCACUGCCGCAAGACCUUCAGCUCGCGGAAGAACUACACCAAACACAUGUUCAUCCACUCGGGGGAGAAGCCGCACCAGUGCGCCGUGUGCUGGCGGUCCUUCUCGCUGCGCGACUACCUGCUCAAGCACAUGGUCACGCACACGGGCGUGCGCGCCUUCCAGUGCGGCGUCUGCGCCAAGCGCUUCACGCAGAAGAGCUCGCUCAACGUGCACAUGCGCACCCACCGCCCGGAGCGCGCGCCCUGCCCCGCCUGCGGCAAGGUCUUCUCGCACCGCGCGCUGCUGGAGCGCCAUCUGGCGGCGCACCCCGCGCCCUGA